UCUUUAUUAACCUCCCCUCUCUGUUGCAUCCUAACACCAAACCUCCCCCCCUCCCCACUACUUCUUCUAUCUCUGUUUUCUCCUCUGUUUUUCUCUCUUUCUCUUCACUCCUUCCUUCUUUCUCUACAAUCUUCUCAUACCUUCAGUGUGUGUUCUUCUCUCUUCUGCUAGUUAAAAAGAGGAAAUGACGAACCAGAAUGUGGUAGCAUCAGAUGCUAAAUCGGGUAUUGAUAUCAGGAUCAGGGUCAUCUUGCCCAAAUCUUUAUUUUCAUCGGCUGAGCCGAAGCCAUUACCUGCUCCUAGACUUGCAAAGAAGAUUGAAACAGGAACAGCAGCAGCCAAAACUAAUGCUUGGGUUGAUUCCAUGAGAGAUUCUUCUCCUACCCGUGUCAAAUCCACCGCUUCUUUAUCUGAAACUGAAGAGAAAAAUUCUUGGAUUAUGAACCAUCCCUCGGCUUUAAGCAUGUUCGAGCAAAUAGUUAAUGCUUCUAAAGGAAAGCAGAUUGUGAUGUUUCUUGAUUACGAUGGUACACUAUCGCCCAUUGUCGAAGACCCUGAUCGAGCAUUCAUGACUAACGAAAUGAGAGAGGCUGUGAGGGACGUUGCAAGAUAUUUUCCUACAGCUAUAGUGACCGGAAGGUGCAGGGACAAGAUCUACAGCUUUGUAAAAUUGGCUGGGCUUUACUAUGCCGGUAGCCAUGGCAUGGACAUAAAAGGACCAUCCAAAAGUCGCAAAUACAAAAAAGGGCAUCAAGCUCUACUCUUUCAACCUGCCAGUAAAUUUUUGCCCAUGAUUGAUGAGGUGUACAAAGUUCUGAUAGAGAAAACAAAAUCCAUCUCUGGUGCUAAAGUCGAAAAUAACAAAUUUUGCGUAUCCGUACACUUCCGAUGUGUCGAGGAAAAGAUGUGGGCUGCAUUAGCUGAACAAGUUCGAUCAGUCCUUAAUGAUUAUCCCAAGCUUAGACUUACUCAAGGCAGGAAGGUUUUAGAGAUCCGACCAACCAUUAAAUGGGAUAAGGGCAAAGCCCUUGAGUUCUUGUUAGAAUCUCUAGGAUAUGCUAAUUCUAAUGAUGUUUUACCCGUCUAUAUCGGUGAUGAUCGGACCGAUGAAGAUGCAUUCAAGGUUUUACGAAACCGGGGGCAAGGGCUUGGGAUUCUUGUUUCUAAAUUUCCAAAGGAAACAAAUGCCUCGUAUUCUUUGCAAGAGCCAACUGAGGUGAAGGACUUCUUGCGGCGUUUGGUAGAGUGGAAACGAUUUUCUAUUGGAUGAGCAUGUAGGGUGGGAAAUUUAUGAAAUACUCCUGAAACACUCAAAUUCGGCGUUUUGCACACUCACAAAAAGACAAAUAUUUUUUUAAAAAAAGAAUAAGAAAAAUAAAUCUUUAUGUAAUAUUUGUGAGUGAAAAUGCAUAUAUACAUGAUCACCCAAUAAUUUCUGUAGGGUGAAAAGUAAAGAAGAAAUUGAUUCUACUCUGUAAUAGUUGGUGAAGUCUCAGUAGUGAAAUUAUAUAUAUAUAUUCCUUGUUUGAAGAUUGUAAAUGAAGAGCAAAUUAAAUGAAAAUGGAAUUCAAAAAAUUCCAUAAUUUUGAAAA